AAACAAGAUAGGAAGGGUGCUACGAUAGCAAAAUACCCAAAGUUUACACUCACUGCACUAUCUUCACUCUUUUCUUUUUCGCUGAGGAUAGAUUCCAAUUCCUAUUUCUAUUCCUAUUCCUAUUCCUUCGACUGCAUGCUUUGUUUCGGGGCGAACCAGAUGGGAUUCCGGCGAAAUCAUUUCCGUUAACGUCGAACCCGUUUUGGAACUUGAAUUGUUCGAUGUGCACUUCUUUAUUUUUGGUAAAGAGAUAGAAUCCAAUCUCGACUGAACGAACGAUGGAAGUCCUGAUGCGAAUCUGGUAAGAUUUCAUCCAGCCAAAAUGGGGUCUUGUCUCAGCGCCGACUCCGGAAAAGAGCAGAGAGAGAACAACAAGGUAUCGAGCCACAACGCAGGGUUCUGUUCCUCAACUGCAACUGCAGGUGUGUGUGGGGAUCUCCAAUCUCCGGACAAAUCAAGCUCAGGCAAAUCGAACAUUUUCGUAAUCCCGAAAGACUUGAAGGAUCUGCGACAGAGUCCUGGGAAUGGCGACCUCGACAUCUUCACAUACGAGGAGAUGGAGGCGGCCACCAAGCAUUUCCGACACGACCUCAUUCUCGGGGAAGGUGGCUUCGGAGUCGUCUAUAAAGGAGUGAUAGACGAGAAUGUAAGGCCUUCUUACAAAGCCACCAAAGUCGCCAUUAAAGUACUCGAUCCAGAAAGUCUGCAGGGGGAUCGAGAAUGGCUGGCGGAAGUGAACUAUUUAGGACAACUCCGGCACCCGAAUCUAGUGAGACUUAUCGGCUACUGCUGCGAGGGCGAUCACCGGCUUUUAGUCUACGAGUAUAUGUCGUCGGGGAGCUUGGAGAAGCACCUUUUCUUAAGGGUGCGCGCCACUUUAACGUGGCAUAGACGCUUGAAGAUCGCUUGGGAUACGGCAAAAGGGCUAGCAUUUCUUCACGGCGUCGAAAAUCCUAUAAUAUACCGCGAUUUUAAGACGUCCAACAUUUUGCUAGACGCCGAUUUUAACGCGAAGCUUUCUGAUUUCGGGCUCGCUAGGGUCGGACCAACCGGAGAUCAAACGCAUGUCUCGACACGGGUAAUGGGUACGUACGGGUAUGCAGCUCCCGAGUAUGUCAUGACCGGGCAUUUGACGGCAAGAAGCGACGUGUAUGGAUUCGGGGUGGUGUUGUUGGAGAUGUUGAUCGGGAGGCGAGCGAUGGACAAGAGUCGGCCAAGCCGGGAGCACAACCUAGUGGAGUGGGCGCGGCCGCUGCUCAACCAUAGCAAGAAACUGCUUCGAAUUCUUGAUCCGAGGAUCGAUGGGGAAUACUCGAUCAAAGUCCUGAUGAAGGUGUCGAACUUGGCGUACCAAUGCCUCAGCCAGAACCCGAAGGGCCGGCCGGUGAUGGCGCAAGUCGUUGAGAUACUCGAACCUCUGGUGGCGCAGGAGACGGCCCGGGGAGAGGCGAUGGCGCAGAGCAGAGGCGGGUGCAUCACUCUCUACGAAGUGCCGAGUAGCCGGUCGGAGAAUUGUCGGAAGGAUUUGGCGGGGAAUGGAAGAUGCAAUAGCGAGCUUCCGAAGGAAUGCAAGCUUGGUGAUGAAGAUGACAAUGGCGUCCCUGUUGAGAGAUCAAAAUCUGAUCUUUGUUGAUUGUUUGUUUUCAAGUUUAGACAACCCUUCUUCAAAUGUAUCUUCCUCUUUUCCCUCUGCUUGGUAAUAAGGUUUUUUUGUCUUUCA